AAUCAGGCACGAAACUCCUCGCCUUGUUUCUGGCUUGCUUUUUCUUUGUUGGACAGUCGCUUCAUGCUUCACAUCCAACCUGGCUGUAAAGCUGGCCUGAUGCAUCACAUUUCAGCAACUACAUUCUCGGGAUAACCAUAAUAACCAUAAUCAUCAUCAUCUUUCUAUUUUUGCGGAAGGGUCGAGCCUGUGUAAUCUCUGAUUGCCAGCCUGUUUCCCUGCGGCUUGUUUACUUGCAUGUGAAUCUCUCCAACACUUUUGCAGAUCAGGUGUAAGUCCAAUACACUGCUACCACUGCCUUAAGUGAUAUGGCUCCUGUUGGACUCCUGGCGCGUCUUCGAACGCUUUAUACUAAAACUCAUGACGAGCCUGUCAUUUCGAUCCGCACAGCCGCUUUCUUCUCGGUGCUCCUAACUUUACUCUACGUGGCACCAUUCUACAUAUCGCCUACUACGCGCCCCUCUCAGACGCUCAGUCGAGAUGCUCCCUCUGUGAUUCGAGCAAGGAUCAGGGCAGUGUCCUGGUCUUGUUCCCUGGGCACUCUUGCGGUUCUAUGGCUGAUCGUAGCUAAGAACCAUGCUUCAAUCCCAGAGGCUGUGAGGCUUCUGGGUUGGUGGCCUAUCAACCUCUGGGACAUCUGCCGGGCCUUGCUUCUGACAGCUAUCCUGUUUACGGGACCUCUUUUUGAGCGUGGCAUUGCCGAAGGGGAAUGGAAAGACUGGCUCAAAGGAAGCAGAAUCUCCGAGACUCUCCAUGGUUGGAUUGGAUGGCGGAAUUACGUCGCUGGCCCCAUUACAGAGGAGAUUAUGUUUCGCGAAGGACACCCCGGCCACAUUGUUUUUGUGGCGCCUCUUUAUUUUGGAAUCGCACAUGUGCACCAUUUUUAUGAGUUCCGCUUGACGCAUCCAGAUACUUCGAUCUUUGCGGCAUUGUUCCGAUCGGUGUUCCAGUUUGGCUACACUACCAUCUUCGGUUGGUAUGCCACCUUCCUGUAUCUUCGAACCGGAUCUUUGCUGGCGGUCAUUCUCGCGCACAGCUUCUGCAACUGGUGCGGACUUCCCCGACUGUGGGGAAGGGUCGAGGCAGGUGUCCCCAUCGGGCCGCCCUUGGGUAAAGGCAAAGAAGACUCCGAUGUGAAGGACGCAUACGCCGCUUAUGGUAAACUGGGCCUGGGCUGGACAGUUGGGUACUAUGUACUCCUCGUAUCAGGGGCGAUUGCCUUCUAUUACGCCCUAUGGCCGCUAACUGACUCGCCAAAUGCGCUUGCUGCGUUUACAGGAGGGUCCAAGUGAUCGCAUGUUUUCUUUGGCGCUUCUCGGCCUUGAGAACAUACAUCAGGGUAUUGCCUAUUAGCUUUUUAUUUCUCCUGUUUUGAUAUUUCCUCCUAUAUAUGAUGUUAAUACUUUGUCCCACUGCGCCAUAUUACGAUAACACGGGCAAGUGGAUAUCUGUUGAGUGAUGUUGACAUGACCCUUGUAUGGAGCGGGUUACGGCAGCAUGACAGUUUGAUAAUGAUAAUGACGAGUGCCU